GGCUUCGGACGCACUUUCAGUUGGACGGCAGCACAUGUAUAGUUAGUUACUCUCUGAGUUGGACACUUACAGUAACUGCCUGACAAACUAACACACAAACACAUACACAGAUACAAAACCUCUGGGACACUGGGAUGUCCCUGCUCUGAGUCUUUUAGGGAUUUACCAUCGCUUCACUGUCAAACAAGCAUAUAUCCUCCCAGCACAACCAUGCCAGUCCUUAAGAACCUCCCGUCUCGACUGAAGGGAGGCAGGUUUAGCGUGGAUUUGUCGACUACACGUAGCGAGUUUAUUCUCAGAAAAAUGAGUCUUAACCUCAAUCCAUUUAAGGAGCCUGGCUCAGAUGAAGACUGGCCCAGAAGCAAUGGAGGCUCACUUCUGGAUGGGCGUGUGCCCCGGGACAGAAACCCGUUUGAGGAUGAGGAAGAUGAAAAUGAGGCUAAUGAGGUGCGGCGUGGAGGAUCAGGGAAGGGAAGCUCCAUCAAAGGCACCCUGGAACGCAUGAAAGGAGUCUCUCCCCUCAAGACCCUGGGCAAACUGGGCAAGAACUUGCGCAUGUCUGGCAGGAGCAAAGGAAAGGACACCCCCUCCCCACAGGGCUCUAUAGGUUCAGCCUCACCCAUGCAGAGGAAGAAGAAGGGCAGACGGAGUUCAGAAGGGAGCUUGCUAAGAAUGGCCGGAAAGUGCAAAGAUCGCAUGGAGAGCUUGACCAAUGGUGACCUGUGCUCAGAAACUGAUGCUGACUCUACCAGUCGCCGACUCUCCUUCAUGAAGAUGGUGGGCAAGGGCAAGAUUAAGAGGGAGUCCAUGCAGGACCACUCAUCUCAGGGGCCUGAGGAGGAACCAGUGGAGGAGGUGCCCGAGGUCAAACCCAGGGAGCCACUUUCAGUAUUGGAGAUCCUGCAGUUGGUGACAAAAAGAGAUUUGUUUUUGGCUGACACUCACAUUCUGGAGCUGGAGCAGGAGUGUAGGGAGGCCGAAUCCCCGACGGCAGGGGGCACUGAGGAUUUUAGCAGCCCCAGCAGCAAAGACAGCAGUCGGCGCAAAGCCAAAGAUGUGGAGCUGCUGUACGAGGCCCUGCAGAAAGUGUUGUGGGACGUGGUGAGGGAAUCUCUGCGUUGCCCCACCGCCGGGCCCAACCUGGGCCUGGUGGUGCAGGUGCUUCAGCAGGAGGAGCAAGCCGAUCGGAACUGGGCUCAGAGUGAAGGAGCCGCUCCAGGAGGCCCACGGCCGAGGGAGUUCAAGAAACGCUGGAGGGAGGCGGUAGUCGAGUUGGCUGAUGCAAACCUACCCCAGCAUGAAGAAGCACGGGAAGGCGAGCUCGCAGCCUAUCUGGAUAAGCUAAGAGUGCGUAUGGUGGAGGACCUCGGAGCGGCUCGGCGUAAUGUGGUGUCUGUAUAUCCUGUGGAAUAUGACUCCUUCCAAGUGUACACACAGAGCUACCAUCAGGCUGUUACCCGUCGUCUCCAAGCUAUUACUAAUGGAGAUCUGCAAAUCACUGACAUAUACUCUUUACUAGACUGGCUCUACAACAUUUACAAUAGAGAUGUCCUUGGAACAGUCACCAUAACAACACCCAUUAACCUCUCACAGCUCGGCCCACUGCUGCCAGCGGAGACGGUGGAAAAACUCGAGCUUGACUGCCUCAACUCAGUCAGGGGUAAAGUGACCAAUGAGCUGUCUCAGGUUUUGGAGGAGGAGGAAAAGAGAUGGCUGGACACCCUGAACGUCGAAGAGUAUCAGUUACCUCUGGCUCGCACUGUUAUUCAGAGGCUACAAGAAGACCUUGAGAGAUCUGCAGUUGUAAACAGAGAUUUGGGCUCACGGGUUGCUCAAUGCAGUCUCAACGGACUGGCAGAUUUCCUGUACAGUUUUCAGCGAAAGGUGGAGAUGUUCCAUGAGAUGCUCGUAAACAGCUGUGGAGAAAAUGAAGAUGGUUACAUCGCUAAAACAAUCGCUCUUGUCAACUGCUGUCCACCGUUCAGGAGCUUUGUGGAGCGUUGCGGCCAGUGUGACCCCUCGACCAGCGAGGACUCGAUUCGUAGAGCUAACACAGCUCUGGACAGGAUAGUCAACUUGAGUGUGAGAGUGCUGAACGACAGACUUUUUGAACAUAUCAGGCCCUUCUUUGAUAAGCUGAUUAAACGAAAAUGGCUGAGCAACACUGAACCUUUUGAGCAAAUCGAGGCGCUCAUAAAAGAGCACUUCAAGAAGUUUCGCAGGAUGGACAAUCCACCUUAUGAGGUCCUGGUGGUGGAGGUGCACCGGCGUGUGAUGACUGAAUAUGUGCGGGCCAUCAUGAGGGGCAGAAUCAUCUGCACAUCACUCAAAAUGAGGAAGAGAAUGGCUGGCCGCCUUCGUGAUGAAGGAAAGCACCUAAAAACACUCUUCAAAGAGUUGGAAUCUUCCGCCUCAUGGCUCGACAGCGCUAUUCCUCACUUAUCGGAGAUCAUUCUCUUGGAAGACACUCCCUCCAUCCAAAUGGAAGUUGGUGUCCUGGUACGGGAAUUCCCUGACAUACGGAGGAAGCAUGUUUCUGCCAUACUCAAUAUCCGUGGGAUGACCCGACAAACAGAAAGGCAAGAGAUCUUGAAUAUAGUGAAGGACAUCGAGAACAGCGACAGCGUCAUGCGGGUGUCCCGUGACAGGGCUCUCUUCGCUGAGGUGCCAGUGACGUCAGAAGUGCACUGUCUAAAUGUAGGCCUGAGCCGCGUCGCCCUCACUGCCUCGUCCCUCUUCUCCAGCAUGCGGUUCCGACGCAGAAGGACUCCAACCAGGGAAAACCAGGAUGACAUGCUGUAAUCCAUCUCAAAUGGAUGCUCGAGCCGCCCAGCACUCAUGGAGCACUGGAGCAAUGCCCAUCAGCACAGCAUUUGUUUCUAAAAUGUUUGCAUGUGCCAUUGUCAUAUCAUAAGGACAAGUUGGGACAUCUUACAGAUGAUCAGGAUUGCAGGAUCUCUAAGAAAACUGAGAAAAUGACACUACAGUUGGCAUCACUACAACUGUUUUUGCACAACUAACAUCGUAAAGGCUUGUGAAAUAAAGUGGCACCAAAAAUAUUUGGGCACUUUUAAAAAUGUAUGAAUGUCUUUGCAUUAAAUAACAAAAUAUCGAA